ACUGUAAAAGGGAUUCAUUUACAUAUAAUAUGCAAUUUAGAGGUGGAAAGCGCAAUUCUCUUAUGUGAAUUAUCCCAUUAAUAUUGUUUACAAAAAGAUCCCAAAUGGAGGGAAGAUAGAGAUAGGGGAAGCAAGGAAAGGCAGAGAGAAGCAGCAAUGUCUUACAUGUCUGCUUCGACAAGAACCAUCCUCUUCUUAUCUCGCUCAACCACCAAACUCUCCUUUUUCCCUUUCAAACCCUCUUUCUCUUCUUCUUCUUCUUACCCUUCCCUCACUCUCCAUUUCACCAGAACCAAAUGCACUCUCCAACACCAACCUCAAACUCUGCUUCGCCGCAAUGUCAUCGAAGUCCUCGAAGAGCGCAGCCUCCUCGACUCCACCACCAACGACUCCGCCCUGAGAUCCUCCGCAGCACCAUCGCCGUCAUCCUCCUCCGGCGCCGCUAAUUCCCCGCCUUUGAAGGUCUACUGCGGCUUCGACCCCACUGCAGAGAGCCUCCACCUCGGCAACCUCCUCGGAAUCAUCGUCCUCUCCUGGUUCCGCCGCUGCGGCCACCAACCCGUUGCCCUCAUCGGCGGCGCCACCGCCCGCGUCGGCGACCCCUCCGGCAAGUCACUGGAGCGGCCGGAGCUCGACGUUGCCACACUAGAGAGGAACACGGCAGGUAUAUCCCAAACUAUCAAACAAAUUCUAGGUCGCUCUCUGAAUUCGAACUUGGAAGGUUCUAAGGUUGUGAUUUUGAAUAACUAUGACUGGUGGAAAGAGAUUAGUUUGUUAGAAUUUUUGAAAAAUGUUGGUAAGUAUGCUAGGGUUGGGUCUAUGAUAGCUAAGGAGAGUGUUAGGAAGAGAUUGGAAUCUGAACAAGGAAUGAGUUAUACUGAACUCACCUACCAGUUGUUGCAGGGAUAUGAUUUCUUGUACUUGUUUCAGAAUGAGGGUGUGAAUGUUCAGAUUGGGGGGAGUGAUCAGUGGGGGAAUAUAACUGCUGGGACUGAGUUGAUUCGGAAGAUCUUGCAGGUCGAGGGCGCUUAUGGACUUACAUUCCCUCUUUUGUUGAAGAGUGAUGGUACUAAGUUUGGAAAAUCGGAGGAUGGCGCGAUUUGGCUUUCACCUGCGAUGUUGUCACCUUACAAAUUUUAUCAGUAUUUUUUCACGGUUCCAGAUGCAGAUGUUAUUAGGUUUUUGAAGAUUCUCACGUUUUUGGAUAUUGAGGAGAUAGCUGCAUUGGAAGGGGAGAUGAAGAAACCGGGUUAUGUACCUAAUACUGCUCAGCGCAGACUUGCUGAGGAAGUUACAAGGUUUGUUCACGGAGAUGAGGGUUUGACUGAGGCACUUAAGGCUACAGAAGCAUUGCGGCCUGGAUCUGAGACAAAGUUGGACUGGAAAACUAUCGAGGGAAUAGCUGAGGGUGUACCAUCUUGUUCUUUGGCUUAUGACAGUGUUUUGAACUUGUCAUUGGUAGAUCUUUCGGUCUCUUCUGGUUUGUUUGAGAGCAAAUCUGCCGCGCGCCGCUUGUUGAAGCAAGGGGGUCUUUACUUGAACAAUAACAGAGUGGAUAGUGAAAAUAAGAGGAUCGAGGAAGCAGAUAUAGUGGAUGGGAAAGUUCUCCUUUUAUCUGCUGGCAAAAAGAAUAAGGCUUGUUACCAAUAUAGAACCUGUUGUGGUUUGUUUGGGGAUCUGAGACGUCAUUGAAGAAAAAACCGGACGAGGAUACUCUAAUGGUAUUGUCUCUGUUAAGAGCAGACACUUAAGUUGUUGAAGCCAAUUAUCGACACAAGUGUUCAUUCUGAUAUAUCUGCUGAUGAAGAGAUUAGAAAGUUAUUUGAGGAACUUGGGUCAGUCUGUUGAUGAGUUGAGGGAGCUUUUCGAGAAUUGGCAUCCACUAUCCAGUAAAUUUUACUUUGUAAGUCCUCAUUAAAUCCCUUAAUUCACAGAUAGAGAAGAGAUAUUUAUUUUAAGGUGUGAUCUUCGGUUUUGAUUUUGGAAGGUAAUGGAGGAAAAAGCAAGGGCUUGAAGUAAUCUAUUUUACUCUCUAAGACUUUCCUAUCCUUCCAAAAUUAAAUUUUAGAACUCAUAAAAUAAGCUGAGCUUAUAUUUGCAGUGAUUGAUGAGUACUAACUGCUUUCUUGUAUAGUUUUCCUGUUAAGUAUGUGUUGAUUAUCAUUAUUUCCUCUUUCUUGAUUACUCGGUGAUGCAAGCUGAACCGUUGAUAGCUAGAGUUCAGUCUAUAGGGUUCAAUAUUUUGCAGAAGCUGAAGGCUUCACAGCAAUGUCUACCUGAUGAUUUGGGGUAUGAUAUGACAUCAAUCAUUAAGGAAGCUAUAAAUGAACAACUGGAAGGCGAAGGACCAAGUUCUGAGAUUCUAGCAAAUAUUGCCGAGAUCCUCGACUUAAGGUCUAAUCAAGAUGUUUUGAUUGAAGCUGUGGCCCUUGAAAGGUUGAAGGAGAAUGCUGAACAAACA